AUGGCAGUUCUCGGAAUCACUAACGCUAAUGAUGAAAUAACGCAAUACCAAAUGGGACGAUACAUUAACAGCAAUGAAGCAGUUUGGCACAUUCUCCGCUUUUCUAUCCACGAGAGGUAUCCACCAGUUGUUCACCUGUCAGUACACCUUGAGAAUGGCCAGCGUGUUUGGUUUACGGAGUCGAACGCGUUGGCACAAGCUUUAAAUCCACACGACACUACAUUGACUGCUUUUUUCAAGUUGUGUCAGCAUGACAGUUUUGCCAGAACAUUGCUGUAUGUGGAAGUUCCUAAGUUUUAUACCUGGAAUUCCUCCAAAAAAGAAUUCAUAAAGAGAAAACAAGGCGCAAUCGUGCCCGAUACAGAAGCGCGCCAAGGUGAUUCUUUAGGACGUGUUUAUACAAUCCAUCCAAGUAACGCUGAGUGCUUCUAUCUAAGGCUGUUGCUACACAAAGUCAAAGGACCGGUGUCCUUUCAAGCUUUACGAACUGUGGAUGGUGUAUUAUGUUCGACGUAUCGACAAGCUUGCCAACAUUUAGGUCUACUGGAAAACGAUAAUCACUGGGAAAUAACUUUAUCUGAAGCUGGACUUUCAUGCCUUCCUUCGCAGCUUCGCAGCUUAUUCGCAAUAAUAUUGACAACUUGCUCGCCAUCAGAUCCUAAAGCACUAUGGGAAAAUCACAAAGAUAAUCUUAGUGAAGACUACAUGAGAACAGCACGAACUGCAAACAAUAAUACAAACAUGGUCUGCUCAUUGCAAAUUUACAACCAAGCACUAAUCGAUAUAGAAAAUAUAUGUAUUUCAAUUAAUAAUAAGUCCUUAGAGCAUUUGGGAUUAACUUCUCCCGUUCGAGACAGAAUAGAUUUGGCCGACAAAGAUAUCUCCCGGGAGAUGAAUUACGAUAUCGAUGUUCUUCGUUCUUUUAUAAGCAAAAACAAACCUCUAUUGGUUUCGGAUCAAAAGGUCGCAUAUGAAACUAUUCAAAGAAUGAUUAUUGACAAUAAGGGAGGAUUGAUAUUUUUGGAUGCGCCUGGAGGAACCGGCAAAACAUAUUUGCUGAAUUUGAUAUUGGCUGAUGUAAGAGCAAAGAAAGAAAUCGCUGUGGCAGUUGCUUCUUCAGGAAUAGCGGCUACCCUUUUGUGUGGCGGGCGUACAGCUCACUCAGCUUUUAAGUUACCACUGUCUCCGCAAAUAUCUGACACACCGAUGUGCAAUAUAAGCAAAAAUUCAGGACAAGGUAGGGUUCUCAAGACAUGUAAGCUAAUCGUGUGGGAUGAAUGCACAAUGGCCAAUAAAAAGUCGCUGGAAGCUUUAGACCGAUCUCUUAGAGACUUGAGAGGUAAUGAUCAGCCCAUGGGUGGUGCUUUACUCUUACUGGCAGGGGACUUUCGACAAAUUCUUCCAGUUAUUCCGAAAGGAACCGCCGCAGAUGAAGUUAAUGCUUGCUUAAAAUCGUCAUAUCUAUGGGGCUACGUACAAAAAUUGACUCUUUCAACAAAUAUGAGAGCACAUUUGGGAGGAGACGCUUCAGCAGAAGUUUUUGCUGAACAACUUCUUAAUAUAGGCAAUGGAAAAAUACCAAUUUCUUUACCACCAAAUUUAAUUUCGUUUCCCCCAGGUUUUUGCCAACUUAUGACAUCAAUCGAGGCUUUGAUAGAAAAUGUAUUUCCAAACAUUGAAGCCAAUCACACAAACUAUAGAUGGCUUCGCGAAAGGGCCAUUUUGGCACCUAAAAAUGACAAUGUCAAUGUCAUUAAUACCAAAAUUCAAGAAAUACUACCAGGAACUGUCACAACUUAUCAUUCUAUUGACACAGUCGUUGAAGAAUCCCAGGCUGUGCAUUAUCCCGUUGAGUUUUUAAACUCCUUGGAGCCAUCAGGAGUUCCUCCUCAUUGA